UGUUCAAAGACAUUUCCACAGGACCAGCUACUUGUACAUGCCAGUUUAUGCGGCGACAGCCUGGAUUUCCUUACAGAUGACACCACAUACUGCACAGCUGACAACGAAGCUGAGAAUCCAAUAACAUGUGAAGAUGACGUCUUGCGUUUGCUUGCAAGCAAGGUUGAUGGAAGCAAGGAGUUCAGCAUUUGUGUUUCUCGCACUGACUUCUUCCAACGAGCCAUGGUACAAUGGCAGCGCCAGAAGAAAGGAUCCCCUGCUAACCGUUUAAAAGUUAGUUUUAUAGGAGAAGCAGGUGUUGACACUGGUGCCAUUAGGAAGGAAUUUCUUACCAAUCUGGUCACUGGCAUAGAGGAACAACUUUUUGAACAUAGAGGGGGAAGAAAUGGAAAGAGUCCUGUGUACUCCAUGAAUGAUAUGGAUAAAGGAUUCUUUAGGGUUGCAGGGGAGGUGUUUUCAGUCAGCUUGGCUCAGGGUGGACCUUCCCCAUGCUUCUUGAGGAAGUGGUGCUAUGAUGUCAUUUCAACAGGGGAGUUGGAUGAAUCAAAACUUUCAAAAGAUGAUGUGGACGAUCCUGAACUUUACAAUUUGAUUAAACAGGUUGAAGAAGCAAGUGACCUAUCUCCUUGGAGCAAUACUAUAAUUGACUGCGGUUUUACUGGGGCUAUCACCAAGGAGAACAGAGAUGCCAUCACAAGAUCCAUAGUGCUGCAUGCAACUUUGCGUUUGAUGCCAAUGCUGAAGCAAGUCCGCAAAGGUCUGCAGACUUACAAUUUUGUGGAGGUCCUGGAGGCACAUGCCGAACUCUGCCAGCGUUUCUUUGUCCCUGGUUUCACUGAUGAUGAAAAGACUGAUGCAGAUUUCAUCAUCCAGAAUAUACUCCCGGAAAUGUCUGAGAAGGGGACAAUCAGAGAAGCCAGAGAGAGUGCCCUCAUCAAUUUCUUUCAAGAUUUUCUUCAAGAAAUUGAAACUGCAGGUGAUGUCCAUGAAGAGCAGCCUGAAGCAGACCUUUCCCCUGUAACUGUGCCCUUUGUUAUGCAGUGGCUUACUGGUCAGGCACACAAGCCACUUCUUGCCUCUGAACUACACAAUUUCAAAAUAACACUUAAAUUUGACCAUGAAUUUCUCAACUCUGGACCUGCCCAUUUCCCUUUUUCCAUUUAG